CUAUAAAUUAAGUCAUAUUUCUUUUCCUCUCUUCUCCAUAGUCUCUUCCUCCUCUCUCACAAUGCUCCCUUACCAUACCCUUCAAGAAGCACAAGUUGCACUAGGGAGAGAACUAUCUCUUGCUGAGACACUAUGGUUCAAAUACUCAGCCAAUAAAUCUGAUUUUGUUCUCCAUUGCCACAACACUCUAUUCUUGUGCUUAUUUUACUCUAUAUUCUCCAUUCCACUCGUGUUAAUCGAGCUUAGUGGGUAUGAGAAGUUAAACAAACACAAGAUUCAGCCAAGGGUGAAGAGAUCCUUCACAGAAAUGUUCAAGUGCUACAAAGAUGUCAUGCAAACCUUUGUCAUUGCUGUUAGUCCACUUCAGAUCAUUUCUUAUCCCACCAUAAAGUGGAUUGGGAUCAGAACAGAUUUGUCAUUGCCCUCAGUUUGGGAAUUCUUUUGGCAAAUAUUAGUUUACUUUGUGAUAGAGGAUUUUUCACAUUAUUGGAUGCAUAGGAUGCUUCAUUGCAAAUGGGCUUAUGAGAAGAUCCACAAGGUUCAUCAUGAAUACACAACACCAAUUGGGCUCUCAGCACCUUAUGCCCAUUGGGCCGAGAUUAUCAUAUUGGGUAUCCCCUCAUUUCUAGGCCCAGCACUAGUUCCAGGGCACAUAACAAUCUAUUGGUUGUGGUUCAUUUUGAGACAACUAGAAGCAGUUGAGAAUCAUAGCGGGUAUGAUUUUCCUUGGAGUCCCACAAAAUAUAUACCAUUUUAUGGAGGGCCUGCAUAUCAUGACUACCAUCACUAUGUUGGUGGAAAAAGUCAAAGCAACUUUGCCUUAGUGUUUACCUAUUGUGACUACAUUUACAGAACUCAUAAGGGGUACCAAUACAGAGAACAGAUGUGCAAGAAAAAUUCAUCUUACAACAUUGCUCAAAAUUACAAGAUGGAGUAGUUGUUUGAUAGGAAGGGCCUAAAUAUACUCGAUAGAGAACAAAAAUUUAAUGAUUAAAAGAUUUUAUACGAUGGAGUUAAAUUAUUAUUAUAUUUACCUUUUAAUAUAAUUUUGUUUUAAUCUUCGAAAUCAGGAUGAAGACAUGUAUAAAGUUAUUUUUGGUAAUUAUUUGGUUAUAAAUUUGUAUCUUAGGACAUCAGUG